GUGGGUAGAGUUGCUAUGUUUUAUGGAAUUGACUCUAUUUUCUCUCACUUGCAGAAAGUGCUAGAUGGGGACAGUGCUGUGAGGUCCUUCCAGAGCACUGCAACAGCCUGUGUACCAGUGUCACAUUAUCGGACUGUUAAAAGUGUGGAUUCAAGUGAAGAGAGUUUUUCUGAUUCAGAUGAUGAUAGCUCUCUUUGGAAACGCAAGCGUCAGAAGUGUGUUAAUCCUCCUUCCAAAUCGGAGCCUUUUCAAUUUGACCAGAACAGUGAGAAACCACCUGUUGGUGGGGCAAAGAAAGUUAACAACAUAUGGGGUGCCGUACUACAGGAACAGAAUCAAGAUGCAGUGGCCACUGAACUUGGUAUCUUGGGAAUGGAAGGCACUAUUGACAAAAGCAGACAAUCUGAAACCUACAAUUAUUUACUUGCUAAGAAACUUAAAAGGGAAUCUCAAGAAUGUACAAAAGAACUAGAUAAAGAACUAGAUGAAUAUAUGCACAGCAGCAAAAAUAUGGAGUCAAGGGAAGAGGAAAAUGGGCAAGGUCAUCUGAAAAGGAAACGGCCUGUCAAAGACAGAGUAGGGUACAGACUAGAAAUGAACUAUAAAGGCCGAUAUGAGAUCACAGAAGAAGAUUCUCAAGAGAAAGUGGCUGAUGAAAUUUCUUUCAGGUUACAAGAACCAAAGAAAGAUCUGAUAGCCCGAGUAGUGAGAAUAAUUGGGAACAAAAAGGCAAUUGAACUUCUAAUGGAAACUGCAGAAGUCGAACAAAAUGGUGGCCUUUUUAUAAUGAAUGGUAGCCGAAGAAGAACACCAGGUGGAGUUUUUCUGAAUCUCCUAAAAAACACCCCAAGUAUCAGUGAAGAACAAAUUAAGGAUAUUUUCUACAUCGAAAAUCAAAAGGAAUAUGAAAAUAAAAAAGCUGCUAGGAAAAGGAGGACACAAAUAUUGGGUAAAAAGAUGAAACAAGCCAUUAAAAGUUUGAAUUUUCAAGAAGAAGAUGAUACAUCACGAGAAACUUUUGCAAGUGACACAAAUGAGGCCCUGGCCUCUCUUGAUGAGCCACAGGAAGGACAUGGUGAAACCAAGUUGGAUGCAGAGGAGGCCAUUGAGGUUGAUCAUUCUCACGAUUUGGACAUCUUUUAAGAACAUUUUGGACAUUUUGAGGAAUAGACCUUUCUAAAAUAACAUUGUAAUAACCCAUUUUUAUUGAGAUUGCUUUGUUUUACUUGCACUGAUAAACAUGAGAAUCAGGAGAAAAGAGAACUGUUUCUUGUUUUAAAUAAAAAUUAAUAUAUGUGGAGAGAUGAAUACAAUUGAUAGAAACAUUUAAAGAUGGCUUAUGUCUGACACUAUACAGUAUAUUACAUAGGAUUUAAUUUUCUCUGUUGCAUGUGCUAAUUAUUAAGAGUAUUUUACUAGUUGAUAAUUGGUUUUGUCCAGGUCAUUGUAACACACCACUCAAAAAUCUAAUUUCUUUUUCUGAUUUGUCUGUGGUAAAUUAUGCUUUGGUUUCAAAACAUUCCAUUAAAAGAUCCAGAUGGGACACACAUAAUUAAGCUGUUACAAAUGCAUUCAAAUUUGUUUUUUUCUAUAUUGUAAGAACUCUUAGGCAGUUUUAAGGAUAGAGACUUAAAAAAGGUUUAUAUUGAAGGCUCUUCCCUCUUGUUUAUGCAGAAGCAAAUAAAUAUCAGAAGCUUUUCAAAGAAGUA